AUGAAGUUCACAAUUUUUUUUGCUGGACUUCUAGGAGUCUUCAUAGCUCCUGCCCUUGCUGAUUAUAAUAUCAAUGUCAAUGAUGAUGACAACACUGGAGGCAGUGGACAGCAGUCAGUGAGCAUCAACAACCAACACAACCUGGUCAAUGUCGACAACAACAAUGGUUGGGACUCCUGGAACACUCUCUGGGACUACAAAACCGGCUUUGCUGCAACCAGACUUUUUGCCAAGAAGAUAUGUAUUGUGCAUAAAAUGAACCAGGAAUUUGUGCCACCCAUUCAUGUCCUUGAUGCCAUGGUUAAGGAGAAGAAGCUUCAAGAUAAAGGAGCAAGAGGACCACCUCCUAAGAGCCUGAUGUACUCAAUCAACUCUGAGCAAGUCAAUGAUCUUAACAAGUUUGGGAAAUCUAUUGCUACCAUGUGCAAAAAUGUCCCAACAUACACAGCUGAGGAGACUCAAGGGGCAAGCCUGUUCUUUUCUUCAGGAAAGUGCUUCAAUGCUAACGUACUCUGGGUUCUAAACAUUUCUUUCUGUGGAGGAACAGAAGAGUACUAA